AUGGAGAAUAACUCAGAGAUUGUGUUUGUGCUUCAGGGUCUGAACGAUUCACUGAAAAACCGUCAGAUCUACUUUGCCGUCGCUCUGAUGUCGUACCUUAUCACCGUGUCUGUAAAUCUGACCCUCAUCAUCACCAUCAGCCUGGAUAAAAUGCUCCAUGAGCCGAUCUACAUCUUCCUGUGCAGCCUUUGUUUUAAUGGCAUCUGCGGGGCAUCGAGUUUCUACCCAAAGCUGCUUCAUGACCUUCUGACCAACUCUCAUGUCAUCACGUACAGUGCAUGUUUGGGCCAGAUGUUUGUCAUUUAUACUUACAUUUUCUCGGAGUUCACCGGUCUCACCGUCAUGGCGUAUGAUCGCUACAUCGCCAUCUGCAAGCCACUGCAAUACAGGAUGCUGAUGACAGCGCAGAAGGUGGCACAGCUUCUGCUGCUCACCUGGUGCUUCUCACUUCUGGAGACGGCUGUGGGCAUUCUCCUGACCUCAAGGAUUCCACUUUGUGGCCGCCACAUCCCCAAGUUCUUCUGCACUCACUGGGAGGUGGUGAAGCUCUCGUGCUCUGACUCGACCCUCAACAAUGUCUACGGUUUGAUCCUCAUAUUUUCACUCAUCUUGGAGACUGGACUCAUCAUGGUUUCCUAUGCCCAACUGGUUCGAGCUGCUAUCCGGUCUUGUGCAGACCGCAGGAAGAUUGUGCAGACAUGUUUGCCGCACCUCAUCACGCUACUAAUCUUUGCAAUGUCACUGAUUUUUGUCAGCAUGUCCUCUCGUUACAGUGGUGGUGGCACGAUGGGGGUGCUGCAAAAUGCAGUGGCUGCAGAGUUCCUGGUGGUCCCACCCCUCAUCAAUCCCAUCAUCUACGGCAUGAACCUGCAGCUGAUCAGGUCCAGGAUGCUCCACAGGAUAGAGAAAUUAAUAAAAAAUAAACCAUGUUAG